AGCUCAGCUUUGUUCAACCCAUACUGCAGACAUGGACAGACUUGUUGCACCCAGCCUCAGUCAGCUUACAAAAACCCAGUCCUGCUUCUAAUCUAUUUCCUCAAAACUCUAUUCCUGCAUUCCCAACAGCUCCUCCUGCCCUGCUAUCUACCGCAUGUCAGUCCCCUGUUCCCACUCGCCGCACCUGUCCUGCCUUUAACCCUGUAAAAAAGUCCUCUUGAGCAACUGCUCCCUCCCCUGUUCCAUCCUCCAGCUCUUCUCUGUCUCCAGCUGCUCCAUUCAACCUGCCUUCCGUGGUUCAGCCUGAAGCCUCUACUAAGCCUAAAUCCUCUACUCGGCCUGAAGCCUCUACUCGGCCUGAAGCCUCUACUCAGCCGGACGCCGGCAUUCAGCCUGAUGCCUCUACCCCUGAGCCUCUAUGAUGAACUGAUCCAGCCAGACGAUCCAAUGCCUGGUGACCCGGUGCCCACUGCCUUGCCAGAUGACGCGGUGCCCGCUGGCAAGCCAAAUGACCUGAUGCCUGGUGACCCAGUGCCCGCUGUCAUACCUGGUGACCCGAUGCCCGCUGUCGAGCCAGACAAUCCGGUACCUGAUGACCCGGUGCCCACUGUCGUGCCUGUUGACUCGGAGCCCACUGCCUUGCCAGAUGACGCGGUGCCCGCUGUCGGGCCAAAUGACCUGAUGCCUGGUGACCCGAUGCCCGCUGUCCAUGCCCGCGGUCAUACCAGUUGACUCGGAGCCCACUGUCGUGCCUGGUGACUCG